AUGUCUACCCCAUCACUGGUGGAGAAACUGAAGGAGCUGGACUUGGCGCAGAUCGCGCUGCUGCCUACACGGAGAGGCAUCAGUGCACAAAGGAGUCCACCAGGAAUUGUCAAUAUCAUUCCUGGUUUUGGACCAACUGCAGGCGCGGCUAUUGCCUCCCGUAUGGACGUAGAUAAAGUUACAUUUACAGGAUCCACGGAGAUCAAGCACAUAUAUUGGCCAUCUGAUCCAGCAGGCUGCAGGAAGAAGGUGACAUUGGAGCUGGGUGGGAAAAGUCCUAACAUUAUAUUUUCUGAUGCUGAUGUGAACCAUGCAGUUGAGGAGGCCCAUACAGCUCUGUUCUUUAACCAAGGGCAAUGCUGCUGUGCUGGAUCACGCACGUAUGUUCAAGAAUCUGUGUACGACGAAUUUGUAGAGAAGAGCGUGGAAAGGGCAAAACUUCGUACUGUGGGAAAUCCAUUUGACGCCAAGAAUGAGCAAGGAGCACAGAUUGAACUGCUGCUGCCAAGAUAACAGAUUUCAGACACAUGCUGGUGAUAAUGAACCGGAUUCUGACUUACAGUAAUCAGCACCCGGAGGAAACCCACACAGUUACUGGGAGAGCCCAGUGGGAAUUGAACCUGGGUCACUGGUACUGUAAAUCCUUGUGCUAACCACUACACUACUGAGCCGCCCCCUGAA